CUUUGUACUAAUGAAGUUGAUUUUUACAUUAAAGAUGUUCAUGUCACUAUAAUAAACCGGAUUUGAUUAUUACAUUAAGAUACUCAAAUCGGCCUUUCAAGACCUUUUAGUUGGGCCAGAAGUUUUAAGGAGAUAUGUUGUUGAAUUAUUUCUAUGGGCUCUCUCGGAUCCACUGUAGAAACCGAUAGACCUCUCUCAUUCGAUCAUUUCUUCUUCUUCUUCGUCUUCGCUGCAGCCUGCAUCUGUUGUUUCUUCUAGACUUUGCAAUCACAGAGAUAGUGAGUGAGAUAGAGAGAGUGAUAAUGGCGAGUGGACUAAGCGAGAUCGGGAGCACGAAGAUGUUCGAUGGCUACAACAAAAGAUACAAACACUUCAGUGAGACACUUGGAUGUUCCAUGACCUUUUCCAUCUACUUCCCUCCUUCUGCUUCUUCUUCCCAUAAAUCUCCUGUGCUUUACUGGCUUUCUGGCCUCACCUGCACGGACGAGAACUUCAUUAUCAAAUCAGGAGCUCAACGUGCUGCUUCUACUCACGGCAUUGCUCUUGUUGCUCCAGACACUUCUCCAAGAGGACUAAAUGUUGAAGGGGAGGCAGACAGUUACGACUUUGGUGUAGGAGCCGGAUUCUACCUCAAUGCUACUCAGGAAAAGUGGAAGAACUGGCGUAUGUAUGACUAUGUUGUCAAAGAGUUGCCAAAACUCCUGAGUGAAAACUUUUCCCAGCUUGACACAACAAAAGCAUCUAUAUCUGGACACUCCAUGGGUGGACAUGGAGCUCUUACUAUAUACCUGAGGAACCUCGAUAAAUACAAGUCUGUAUCUGCGUUUGCACCAAUCACGAAUCCCAUAAAUUGUGCAUGGGGACAGAAGGCAUUCACCAAUUAUCUAGGUGACAACAAAGCUGCUUGGGAGGAAUACGAUGCCACUUGUCUUAUUUCAAAGUACAACAAUCUUUCUGCAACAAUUCUAAUUGAUCAGGGAGAAAACGACCAGUUCUACCCUGAUCAGUUAUUGCCCAGCAAGUUUGAGGAGGCGUGCAAGAAAGUGAAUGCACCGCUCUUAUUGCGCCUCCAUCCAGGAUACGACCACUCCUACUAUUUCAUUGCCACCUUCAUCGAAGACCACAUUAGUCACCAUGCUCAAGCCCUUGAGCUAUAGCUCACUUCAUCUGCUUGGAAACCGGCUUUGGGUUUGUCCAAGUAUUAGUAUCUCAAUAAAGCAAGUGGACUUGUAAUGUUUUAUGUUCAAUAACUCCCCUGUGUGCUCUUUUGUCUACGAUAAUAAUAAGAAAAUCAUCUUUGCUUCAUAUCAUACCUCAUUCAACGAGACACGAGAACACAUAAUGUAUAAGGCAAGAGUCUUUUAAAUACAAAGAUAGUGUCUCCUUGACCAGUCUUAGUAGGCCAAAAAAAGGGCCAAUUUUGGACCACAUGAAGACUCAGAUAAA